AUGACAGAUCGAAGCAUUUUGUUAACAUUAGUAUUCUUAAUAAUUGUCAACAACUGCUAUGUUUAUGGUCGUCCAUUGACACUCAUGGAGCAGCAAGUUCAACUUUGUAUAAAUCAGGAUGUUAACCGACAGCCAGUAAUUAUCGAUACAGACACAGACAUAGAUGACUUAUGGGCAAUUCACUAUGUUCUUAAUGUACCAACUGUUGAUGUUCUUGCCAUAACAACUGUCGGCAAUGGAUACAGCAAACCAUUUUUUUCGGGAUCAAAUGUUCUCACCUUUCUCGAUUUGAUUGGCUGUUCAAAUGGUGUUGGAGUCGGUUAUGGAGUGAAUGUUCCAUUAUUGUCGUCUGGCUAUGUAAUUCCAUCAUCAUUACUAAAUGCAAUCGAUUCAUAUAUGACGGGUUCAACUUGUCUUAAUCAGUCAGCAAAUAUAUUUCUUCAGCCAUCUCCAUUUAGUGCGAUUGAAUUAAUAAAACUAUCGUUGAAAUAUUCAAAAGUACCAGUUGAUAUUUUGGUUCUGGGAACUAUGACAAAUAUUGCUACAGCUAUUAGUGAAGAUCGAUCAAUUAUAUCAAAAAUAGGCACACUAUAUUUUUCUGCUUAUCGAAUCAUUCUGUUUACCAUUAAUGCCUUCUUGAGAUUCUGUGGCGCGAUCACAUAUGCUAUUGUCUAUCUACUUACCAGUGAUUUAUUCCCGACAAAUGCACGUACAACUGGAUUAGGAUACUGUUCAACAGUUGGUCGUUUCGAAGCAAUUAUGGGAACAUUCUGUAAUGAUUAUCUAGCACGCGUGUCAGCCAAUCUGCCCAUUGUACUCUACGGAAUGGCUUCAUUGAUUGUAGCAUGUAUGGCUUUAUUAUUUCCUGAAACAUUAAACAGACUAUUGCCGCAAACAGUUGAAGAAGUUGAUCGCAUGGGUCUAGCUUUUGGAAUAUUAGGUCGUGACUCAUUGAACGUUAAAUGUGGCAAGGAUGAUGAACCAGCUGCACAAACACUAACUGAGAACAUGGACAGUGUUGAUGAUAAACAAACAGAAUCACUGUUAGAGAUUGACAAGAAAGAGAUGUCGAUUCAAUAG